GUGGAAACUCCCGAAUCAAGAACAGUCGUGAAUCUACUACUAACCAGAACGGUAGGGUCCGUUGACAUAGUCAAAAUAAAGCCUUGGGCAAAUAUAGACGAAAUUCUUAUUGGUCGAUUACAACUGUUCGUCGUCCAUUUCAUCAUUUCUGGCUAUUGUUUUCUUCCCUUGGCAUAUCCAUCCCACUUUUCGGGCUGCUUUUUUUGGCUGACGAAUCAUCGUCUGCUGCAACGCUACCUGGAACUCGGGUUAUUUUUCUCACAAAUUGAACCUCGAAUUGCCAAUUACUUUGUAAACUAAACCAUGUCGAUGACGAGCAGCAACAAGAGUGAAAUGAGGGAGAAGACGUUUCGAAUCUGUCGCGAUUACCUCAACGGCAUCUGGAAGAUGAUCAAACCACAAGACAUGGUGCUCAAACAAGUCAGUGGCGGCAUGAGCAACUUCCUCUACUAUUGCGCACUGCCACCGAUGGCCAAACCGAAACAAGGCGAGCCGUCGCGGGUCCUGGUCCGCUUCUACGGGCAGAUCCACGGGGAAGGAGCGCUGGAGGCCCUGCUGACCGAGUCGGUCAUCUUCACGUUGUUAUCGGAGCGUAAGCUGGGACCUAAAUUGCACGGUGUCUUUCCCGGUGGACGGCUGGAGGAAUUUAUUCCGGCACGUCCUUUGAAGACCAAAGAGCUCAGCGAUCUCGAGAUCAGUUCCAUCAUAGCAGAGAAAAUGGCGCAAAUUCAUAGCUUGGACGUCCCAAUUAGCAAAGAACCUACUUGGUUAUGGGAUACUAUGAAACGCUGGAUGAGCAAUAUGAAAGCGACCUUAGCUAAUGAACCCACACGCCAAAUUGACGAUAAAAAUGAUUUUAUUGAGAAAGACUUGUCUUCGGCAAUGCGAGCGGUUUUACGAUGGAACUUGGAUACAGAAAUGGAUUGGAUGAGAAGCUAUUUAACACAGCUUCGUUCUCCUGUCGUCUUUUGCCAUAACGACUUGCAAGAAGGCAACAUUUUGAUCCGCGAGUCGGCCCUGACUCCCGAGGAGAAGCUCGUCAUCAUUGACUUUGAAUAUUGUUCGUACAACUACCGAGGAUUUGACGUGGCCAACCACUUUUGCGAGUGGAUGUACGAUUACACUUUCGACAAGUAUCCAAAGUUCAACUACAAUCCGGAAGCCAUGCCUUCAGUUGAACAACAGUUGCAUUUUAUUCGUUGUUACCUGGAAACCGUGCAGCGCGAAAUGGGUAUCGAUGAUUGUCAUAAGAAUCCUAUGCUGACGUCUACUGACGCAGGAAUCAAGGAGGAGCUACAGCUUCUACGAGAAGCUGAUUGUUUUAUGCUGGCAUCGCACUUUUUUUGGGGUCUUUGGGCCGUAGUAAAUGCCCCGGUUUCUUCAAUUCCAUUUGGCUACGGGGAGUAUGCUGAAGCCCGAUUCUCCGCCUACUUUGAGCACAAGCAAAACUUGUUAGGUAAAUACGGAGAAGUGAUCGCUUGAAAGCGCACCUUGAAUCAAAUUCGUUGUGAUCACUACCUUGUUUUCCCGUUGGAUUUUUGUACAAAAUUCAGACGGUGAAACUUGGAAACCUAAUGCACGCUGCGUUAUAUACUUUUGAAGCCACUGCGUUAAAGCUUCCUUAUAAAAUCCAUUUGUGUAAAUUACAUUUUAUCCUAUUUGUUCCCGUUCCCUCAACAGUGUGCAACCUCUUUUAUUAGUGUCACAACUUCGUUGUUCGCUUCCUUAAGACUCAAAUUAUUGGGUUGUGAUCUUAAGCCAUGUUUUCUCCUAACUAAUGGCAUACGAAUGUGUUAAAAGAAGUUUUUUUAAAAGACUUGAGAAUGCGUGUGACGUGGGUUUCAUUGAAAACUUCGCGGCACAUCCUGAAAACCUCUAUGAGGCGUGAGACACAACACAUUUACUUGAACCUUGACUAAGUCAGCAAUCUAUUGGCCCUAUUUUUAACUGCCAGGGUUGAUUGUUGGUGCUUCAUACAUCGUCAAAGCUCAAGUGACUUUUUUGUUCCUUUUCUCAUUCUAAUAUGUAUAUUGACAUGUUCAUUACACAGAGGUGAAUAAGU